AUGCAGAAAAUGGAAUUUGCCAUCAGGAUGUUGCUCCUGCUGCUUCUGCUGCUCCCCAAUCUGGUGUCCCAAGUACAAAGUGUUAAAUGCACAACUAAUAAUCCUGUCCAUGUUCCACACGAGUGGCAUGAGCCAGGUGACCUGGUCAUUGGUGCAAUGGCAUCUCAUAUGUAUUACAUAGUCCCUGAAUUAUUCUUCAAGAAACACCCUUCCCAGGACUUCAUUGAUACUCCACUGGUGUUGACAAAGUUCUACCAGCACAUCCUUGCUUUGGUGUUUGCUGUUGAUGAGAUCAACGAGAAUCCCAGGAUGUUGCCCAAUGUCUCUCUCGGGUUCCACAUCUAUGACAGCUAUUAUGAUUCCAAGAUGACCUACCGAAACACUCUGGACCUGAUCUUUAAAUCACAUCACUUUGUUCCCAACUACAGGUGUGGCAUCCACAAAAACGUAAUAGGAGUCAUUGGGGGACUUAGCUCUGAUACUUCCUGGUGCAUGGCAAACGUCUUAGGUCUUUUCAAGAUUCCACAGAUUUCAUAUGGUUUAUUUGAACCCGCCAUAAAUGAUGGAACCAAGUUCCCUUCCUUUUACCGCAUGGUUCCCAAUGAAGAUCUUCAGUAUCAGGGAAUUAUCCAGUUACUUCUGCAUUUCAGGUGGAAAUGGGUUGGGCUCAUCACUCCAGCUAAUGAAGCAGGGGAACGUUUCUUACAGACAAUCGAGAAAAUGAUUUUCCAGAAUGGAAUCUGUUCGGCAUUCACAGAAAGACUGAAAUUCAAUAUAAAUUAUAACAGUAACAAACUAGAAAUGCUGGAUGACUCAUGGUUUUUCUUCCCAACUUUAACAACCAGCAGAGCCAAUGCAGUUCUUCUCCACUCAUUCCUGCAGAGAAUCUCUUUCAACAACAGUGCUGGGGAUGAAAUUACAUUAAAUGAAUAUGGAGAGUUAGCAGCUGGCCUUGAUAUUACCAACUUGGUCACUUUCCCAAAUAAUUCCUACGUCAGGGUCAAAGUGGGAAGGUUGGAUCCUCAGGCCCCUCUGGGCAAAGAGCUCACCAUUAAUGAAGAUAGAAUCAGAUGGCACAGGCGCUUCACUAAGUCCUGUAGCAAUUUGUCCCAUCUCCUCACCUUACGGCAGUUCUUCCUCGAUCUCAGCUGCAUCAAAGCAAUACUGGAGCAGCCCUUGUUCACACGUACUGUUAUAAUGGUAACAGUCACAUGGAAUGAGAAAAUUGUCCUACCCAUUCGGUUCCUUGGCAACUGUGGGACAUUAGAAAGUUUUUGUGUGGGUCCUACGAGGUGUAUUGCUACUUCCACUCCAGUCACUGGACUUUCAGAUCCCACCGCUGUGCCACCACUUUUGUGGCGGUUACCUCAACCUGCACAGAACCCCCAGACGUUUCACGGUCUGUUGGUGCCACCACGUUCUGUAUGUAAUUCCAACUGCCUUCCUGGUUACGGGAAGAAAAAGAAGGAGGGGGAGAAGUUUUGCUGCUAUGAUUGUGAUCCAUGUCCAGAAGGAAUGAUUUCAAAUGAGAAAGACAUGGAAACAUGUAUCAGUUGCCCAGCAGAUCAGUAUCCAAACAAUGACCAGGAUCUAUGCAUUCCUAAGAUUCCAAACUUCCUAGCCUUGGAUGAAACCCUGGCCAUUGUUUCAACUUCCUCUGCACUUUUAUUCUCUCUGAUCACAAUUCUGGUGCUUGGCAUCUUCAUUAAGCAUCGCAAUACAGCCAUAGUCAAAGCCAACAACCGAAGCCUCACCUAUGGUCUCCUUAUCUCCCUCCUCUUGUGUUUCCUCUCUUCUUUGUUGUUCAUUGGAAAACCUAAUAAGGUGACCUGCCGUCUCAGACAAACUGCUUUUGGCAUUGUCUUCUCUGUGGCCCUCUCCAGCAUAUUAGCCAAAACCAUAUUGGUGGUUUUGGCAUUCAUGGCUACCAAACCAGGAACCAAUAUGAGGAAAUGGGUAGGAAAAGAACUGGCUUAUUCCAUUGUCUUUUCCUGCUCCAUUGUUCAAGUAGGGAUCUGUGUCCUCUGGCUGACAACCUCUUCCCCAUUCCCAGAUGUGGACAUGCACUCAAUGACAGAAGAAAUCAUAUUUCUUUGUAAUGAAGGGUCAGUCCUCAUGUUCUAUUGUGUUUUGGGCUACAUGGGCUUUUUGGCCACUGUCAGCUUCAUGGUGGCCUUCCUAGCCAGGAAGUUGCCUGACACUUUCAACGAAGCCAAGUUCAUCACCUUCAGCAUGCUGGUCUUCUGCAGUGUUUGGCUCUCCUUCAUUCCAACCUACCUGAGCACCAGAGGAAAAUACAUGGUGGCUGUGGAGAUCUUCUCCAUCUUUGCCUCUGGUGCUGGGUUAUUGGCUUGCAUUUUCACACCAAAAUGCUACAUUAUUGUGGUGAGGCCUGACCUGAACAACAGAGAGCAGCUAACACAAAGAAAGCUAUAA